UCCCACGCUGCCGCCACCCUCGCCCCAACCCUGACUGCUUGUGCACCCAGCUCCUCUGCAGCGGCGGACCCUACGGACAGCCAUGCAGUAGGAGCCUCCUGAACAGAGACGCUGAUACUGGGUCUGACACAGGAGCAUUGCACUGCUGAUCUGCCCAGCCUUUUAGCUGUGCUGUGGUUGGAGCCCUGACUAUGGCAGCCAUUCUUCUGAGAGCAAAGCCCAAGGUACCAAUAUCUUUUGAGGAUGUGUCUGUAUACUUUAAAAAUACAGAAUGGAAGCUUCUGAAUCUCAAACAGAGGAAUCUCUAUAAGCAGGUGAUGCUGGAGAACUACAGCCACUUGGUGUCAGUGGGAUUUGCUUUCUCUAAGCCUAACCUUGUGUCCCAGCUGGAGAGAGGGGAGAAGCCCUGGAUUACAGAUGGUGGAAAGGAGACUGCAGCAGGAUCCUGUGCUGGGAAUGGGAUAAAGAGCAAGACACUGACUUCAAAGCCAAAACUUUUUGUAAGAGGUCUCCUCAGAGACACCUCAGGAUCCUUGGUGCAAAGACAUACUCACGACUUCAGGCCAAAUCCCAUUGUAAGGUACCAGCACCCCAGAAUCACGGAUAAGCGGUAUCUGUGUCAGCAAUGCGGAAAAUCUUUCAGCCGCAGCUCCAAUCUCAUCAAGCACCGGAUCUUCCACAGCGGCGAGAAACCAUACGAAUGCAGCGAGUGCGGGAAGUUAUUCAGGCGCAGCUUGGCACUGCUGGAGCAUCAGGGCAUCCACAGCGGUGACAAGCCCUAUGAGUGUGGGGAGUGUGGCAAGACCUUCACACGCAGCUCCAACCUUGUCAAGCACCAGAUCAUCCACAGCAGCGAGAUGCCUUUCAUGUGCCAAGUGUGCGGGAAGGUGUUCCGGCGGAGCUUCGCGCUGCUUGAGCAUGCUCGCAUCCACAGCAGUGAGCGGCCUUAUGAGUGCGGCAAGACGUUUAGCCGCAGCUCCAACCUUAUCGAGCACCGGCGCACCCACAGUGGCCGGAAGCCCUAUGUCUGUCAGGAGUGUGGCAAGGCCUUCAAGGGCAUCUCGCAGCUCAUCCACCACCAGCACAGCCACCGUGGUGACAGGCCUUUCUUGUGCUGCGAGUGCGGCAAGGCCUUCUGCGGCCACUCGGGGCUUAGCCAACACCAGCGAGUGCACAGUGGCAAGAAGCCCUACGAGUGCAGCGAAUGUGGCCGGGCCUUUGGUCGCCGGGCCAACCUCUUUAAGCACCAGGUAGUACAUGGAGGAGGCCGUGGAAAGGGCCUCUGCCGGGCCUGCAUGGUCCUGGAGCAUUGGCACGGGCCCCUCGGACUUCGGCCCCAGGAAGCCUGGGAAGGCAGGUCCACCGAGCCCCAGCCCAUUGACACCAAUGAGAAGCCUCAAGUGUGUGAGCGCUGCAGCCAUGUCUUCAGAAACAAAUUGCUGCUGUGUCACCAUUUGCGCAUCCACGACAAUGAAGAUGACAAGAAACAGAAGCCAGUUACUGGGAGCACCUCAGGUUCAGAGGAGAAGUUGCUGCUCAGCCAGGAUCUGGAAUCCCAGCUCGCAGAGGGAAGCAACAUUGAAAGCAGUGAAAAUUUCCUGUAUGCUGAGAAGGCUCAGGGCCCAUCCUCACCUUGAGGCAGGAAUACAGGGCAGCAACUCAGAAUGACAGGGUGCCCCCACCCACCUAGUGUAGUCUUCCCUACUCCUUCCCUGAUGGGUAGAAAAGGAAGGCUCCUCCCUAGUCCUUGAUGAUGCAGUUGAUGCCUAGAGAUUGCACAGGAAGGCUCGUCAAGGAGCCUAGGCAGGGCACUCCUGUGUGCGCUUGGGUGUAUAAGUGCCUAUGUGAGUGGGGUCUCCAGGUGAGCAGAUUUGCAUAAUACAGAGUUGGUCUCUCCUAUCCACGUGAGAAUUGCCUGAUGUGGUUGGGAGGAAAGCAACAGUGUCCAGCCAACUCUAAGCACAGUUACAUUGAAGUUUACAGAGGGAUGACCCAUGACCUUUCUUUUGUUAACACAUUAGUGGGGUGAUUGCCUCUCCUUAAGAGCUGUUUGUGUUUCUAGAUAGAAUAUACUAAAAGCACUUUAUUCUAUGAAAAGUUUAUAAAUUGAAGGGACUCUAAAGUUAGCCUGAUGCUUUGCAGGGAAGCAGAGGCACUUGUUGUCCUGGAGCAUAAGCUAGACUGUCUGGGCAAACUUGGACCCUGUGUAUGGGCUGCUUGGAGGUCUAUACCAAAUCUUGCAGAGGUUAAGGCCCAGAAACUCUGAGGGCGUCCUUUUUGGGAAAGGAGCCCCCCACCCCUCUGGUCUAGGUAAGACAUGGCAGCAUUUGAACCCCCACUGCCCUGCUGACUUCAGUUUCCUCCUCUCCCACUCAGUGAAGGCCAUACUGGCCAUUCCUACUGCCUGCCCCAGUGCCUAAUGCUUCAAAUUUGUCUGCUAAUCCCUUUCAGGCAAUCCACUGUGUAGUGAUGACAGGUUAGGAAUUUGCACUUAGGUGGCCCCUGAAAUGAGUCUGGUCAGACAAUUAUCUUUCAGAUGAUAUUUCUUAGAAUAUUAAAGUUGCCAUUACUUUAAUGUGCUUUCAUUUGGGGGUAACAUUAGUUGAAAAUGGAGAUUUUUUUGUUAUAGGAGAGUGUUGGGGGAUUUAUCUUUUAUAAAAAUUCCUCAGACAGAGGGUGUAGCUCAGAGGUGGAGUGUAUGCCUAGCAGACCACAGGUCCUGUGAGCCAUUCCUGCCCCUGCCCCUGCCCCAAGAAAAGCUCAGACAGGGGGAAGAGGCCUUCCCAACCCAUGAUUGAUGCCAGUAGUGGCAAACAUGGCCCUCUGAGUGAUGAUGUGACAACCCCCACCUCCCUUCCCUUAAGCCCAGCUGGCUCUUUAAGUGGCACUUUACUGAAAAGGAAGCCAGUGGCAGACCUAUUCCACCUUCCACCUGUGCUGUCCCCAGGAUAGCUGUCCCUUGGUAUACUCAGCUCAGCAUCCUUGGUAGCAAGCUACUCUCCAGCUCUCUCCUAUCCCAGGGGAGAGAAAGAUUUUGUCACAAAGGCUGCCUGAGGGUAGGUAGGUUGGUGGUACAGGUGAAGUGGAGACAGCUCUUGGGCACUCCAAGGAAGAGUGGUGGCACCUUCCCUGCCAGUAGAGUGAGGUUCAAAGACAGCUGUAUCAUGCCAAGAGAAUAUGGGAAGACCUGGAAACCCAGGAUGCUGGUUGGAGUCCUGGUCACAAGAAUAUUCACAUGUACACACACACACACACACACACACACACACACACAGAGAGAGAGAGAGAGAGAGAAGAGAG